UGCUAGUCGCCAUUUCGGGACCAGGCAGCUGCUGUCUGCGCCUCCGUGGGCGCCGCUGCGAGCUGAGCUGCCGAGUGGGACCCCUGCCCGGACUCGGGGCUCUGCGUGCGCGGUCUUGGGGCUUCGACCCCACGCUGUAUCCGCCGGGGCUCUGGAGGCGUUCGGUCGGAUUUGGACCGGGGACUGGGCCAGAGGGGCUCAGAGGUGAUGUGAGCCCGGCCUUGGAGGCCUUCGCCUUCCAGGUAACGGGGCCGCCCCGCCUCCCUUUGCCGGGUGCUCGGCGCUCCCCCAGCUUCGCCGCUCGCGGGCCUCGUUGCUCAGCCCGGCAGCCGGAGGAACCGGGAAGGGCGGCAUGCGCUCAACCCCGGCCCGCCCCUGCCCUCCUUAGAUGGAUACUUCAGUGUUACGGAGAGUGGCUUGUUUAUUGGUUAGAUAAGACUUUUUUUUCUUGUGGUUUGAGCUCAGUGGAGUUUGAGAUUCUUGGCACAAACAGUAGUAGCGUGAGACGGCUUCUGAUCUGGUUUUGUGGGACUCGCCCGGGGAGGUGGCUUGGGGCAAGGGGGCGACAGGUCGAGGCUUCUCUGCUGUCCUGAAGUUUGAAGAUCAAAGUCUUGACUGAAGUGGAGGCUCAGAUGAGCGCCUGCUGACUAGAGAGAGAAAGAAACUGGGCGGAGUGGAGAGGAACUGGAAGGAGAGGAAGAAUUCCCAAACUCAGAAGAGCUCGCUAACCAUGAGUAGCGCUGUGUUGGUGACUCGCCUCCCGGAUCCCAGCAGCAGCUUCCGAGAGGAUGCGCCCCGGCCCCCUGUUCCCGGGGAAGAAGGGGAGACACCACCGUGCCAGCCAGGAGUGGUCAGGGUCCAGGCCACCAAACCCAUGCCUGUCUCCUCCAACACCAGGCGGAAUGAAGAUGGUCUGGGGGAGCCAGAGGGCCGGGCGUCCCCCGAUUCUCCUCUGACCAGGUGGACGAAGUCCUUGCAUUCUUUGCUGGGAGACCAAGAUGGUGCUUACCUCUUCCGGACCUUCCUGGAGAGGGAGAAAUGCGUGGAUACCUUAGACUUCUGGUUUGCCUGCAAUGGGUUCAGGCAGAUGAACCUGAAGGAUACUAAAACUUUGCGAGUAGCCAAAGCAAUCUACAAGAGGUACAUUGAGAACAACAGCAUUGUCUCCAAGCAGCUGAAACCUGCCACCAAGACCUACAUAAAAGAUGGCAUCAAGAAGCAACAGAUCGACUCCAUCAUGUUUGACCAGGCACAGACUGAGAUCCAGCUGGUGAUGGAGGAAAACGCCUACCAGAUGUUUUUGACUUCUGACAUAUACCUCGAAUACGUGAGGAGUGGGGGAGAAAACACAGCCUACAUGAGCAAUGCUGGACUGGGGAGCCUGAAGGUCUUGUGUGGCUACCUCCCCACCUUGAAUGAGGAAGAAGAGUGGACUUGUGCCGACUUCAAAUGCAAACUUUCACCCACUGUGGUUGGCUUGUCCAGCAAAACCCUGAGGGCCACAGUGGGUGUGAGGUCCAUGGAAACUGUUGAGAAUGGAUACAGGUCCUUCAAGAGGAGUGAUCCCGUGAACCCCUACCAUGUAGGCUCUGGCUAUGUCUUCGCGCCAGCCACCAGCGCCAAUGACAGUGAGAUAUCCAGUGAUGCCCUGACUGAUGACUCCAUGUCCAUGACCGACAGUAGUGUAGAUGGAAUCCCUCCUUAUCGUGUGGGGAGUAAGAAACAGCUCCAGAGAGAAAUGCAUCGCAGUGUGAAGGCCAAUGGCCAAGUGUCUCUACCUCAUUUCCCGAGAACCCACCGCCUGCCGAAGGAGAUGGCGCCUGUGGAACCCGCCGCCUUCGCGGCCGAGCUCAUCUCCAGGCUGGAGAAGCUGAAGCUGGAGAUGGAGAGCCGCCACAGCUUGGAGGAGCGGCUGCAGCAGAUGCGCGAGGAUGAAGAGAAGGAGGGAUCCGAGCAGCCUCUGACCUCUCGGGAUGGGGCACCUGCCCAGCCCCCUCUGUCCCUCUUGCCCUCCAGCAGCUAUGAGGAAGACCCGCAGACGAUUCUGGAUGACCACCUUUCCAGGGUUCUUAAGACUCCCGGCUGCCAGUCGCCCGGUGUGGGCCGCUACAGCCCGCGCUCUCGCUCCCCCGACCACUACCACCAGCAGUACCACUCCCUGCCCGCCGGGGGCAAGCUGCCCCCCGCAGCCGCCACCUGCCCCCUCCUCCGGGUCAAGGGCUUCCUGACCAAGCAGACCACGAAGCAUGUCCACCACCACUACAUCCACCACCAUGCCCUCCCGAAGACCAAGGAGGAGAUUGAGGCAGAAGCCACGCAGCGGGUGCGCUGCUUCUGCCCGGGGAGCACCGAGUAUUACUGCUACUCGAAAUGCAAGAGCCACCCUAAAGCUUCGGAGCCUCUGCCCGGGGAGCCGCUGGGUGGCAGCAGAGGCAGUGCCCUGCCCAAACGAAACGGGAAAGGCCCGGAUCCCAGCCUGGCCCUCUCCACCAGGGAAGGAGGGGCCCCCAGCGGAGCUGGGACCCUGCAGCUUCCGGGGGAGGAAGGAGACAGGUCCCACGAUGUCUGGCAGUGGAUGCUGGAGAGUGAGCGGCAGAGCAAGCCCAAGCCCCAUAGUGCCCAAAGCACCAAAAAGGUCUACCCCUUGGAGCUACCCCGUGCGUCCCCAGGCGAACAAGUCGGCCGGCAUCACCUGUGGGGCAGCAGCGGGCACUCCCGCACAGCCCCCCGCACUCACCCCUUUGCCCAAGAUCCUGCGAUGCCUCCCCUGACCCCACCCAACACUCUGGCGCAGCUGGAGGAGGCCUGCCGGAGGCUAGCGGAGGUGUCCAAGCCCUCCAAGCAGCGGUGCUGCGUGAGCAGUCAGCAGAGGGACAAGAACCACAGUGCCACUGGUCAGGCGGGAGCCACGCUCUUCUCCACCCCAGGCCUGGCUCCAGAAGAUCACAAAGAGCCAAAGAAGCUAGCAGGUGUCCACCACGCACUCCAGGCCAGCGAGUUGGUUGUCACUUACUUUUUCUGUGGAGAAGAAAUUCCGUACCGGAGGAUGCUGAAGGCCCAGAGCUUGACUUUGGGCCACUUUAAAGAGCAGCUCAGCAAAAAGGGAAAUUACAGGUAUUACUUCAAAAAAGCAAGUGACGAAUUUGCCUGUGGAGCAGUCUUCGAGGAGGUCUGGGACGAUGAGACCGUGCUCCCGAUGUACGAGGGCAGGAUCUUGGGCAAGGUGGAGAGGAUCGACUGAGGCAGUGGUGCCUGGCGCAGCACAGCCAGCACACGCUUGCACGGCCCUGUGCGCGCCGCCGAGUGCUUUGGGAGGAAGUAAACCAGCGGAGGAGGCGAAGACGAGGGAAGCACUGGCCGGCCGCCGGGCCUGCGCGAGGGUGGGAAAGGUUGAUUUUCAUUUUUCGUGGACUGAGGACUGAGAUCAGAAAAGCCUGAACUAUUUAUUAAAAAUACGACCACUCUUGGCUACGGAAGAUGCUGACUGUUUGAGAGACUGCCAUACAUAAUAUAUGACUUCCUAGAGAUCUGAAAUCCAUAAACUAAGGGAAACUGUGUAUAGUUUACCUGAACAUGAGUCCUUACUGAUAUUUAUUGAACUGUUGGUUCCCCCCAUCCUCAGUUUAUGGAUAUGCUGCUUUAAACACAGAAAGGGGAGAGAGGAAGUUUUAGUUCUUCUGCCUGGACUUAGGAGCUGAGGUGGGAGUACAUCAAUGAGUUGUUCAUGUCUUGUACUGCACUUCUUCAGGUGAAGGCAGAUUUGACACGGUGCCCUGCCUUUGACGCAUGCAGACAUUGGUGCAUUGUCCCCCUGUGCUGCUCUGUUUGUCCUAAAAGUCGAGAGGGCUGGCUGUGUUGUGACAUCGCCACAUUGGGGUUGUCGUGUGGAUGGCAGGAUCCAUCAUGGGGGAGGACCUCAUUCUGGGGACCAAGGGGCCCCCUCUGUCCCUCCAGUCCCAGGCCUGGAGACUGAGGCCUGCUGGAAGCACUGUCCUGUGGUUCAAACUUGUGCUUUUAGUGAAGUGACAGUUCCUUGUUUCUGUUGUAAUUUUUUUUUUUAGUCUUUGGACCACAGCUAUUCACAGAAGUGCCCCCGUCCCGCCCCACCCCGCCCCGCCCCACAGAGACCUGGCCAGGCGCAGGGAGCUUCAGCAGUGCCUCGUGCGCUGCCGCUUGGGUGUGCGUGCUGCGUCUACCUGUACGUUGCGUCCGCCGUCCACACCUGUGCUGUGUGUCUCUGUAGAGUGUGCAGCGAGAGAGAGUGCUCCACUGUCUCUAGUGCUUGACUUGGAAUCAGUACAGUACCUGUACCCGCAUGGGGACCGGCUCCGUGUGUCGCCCUAUAUUGAGGGCUCAAGCUUUCCCUUGUUUUUUGAAAGGGGUUUAUGUAUAAAUAUAUUUUAUGCCUUUUUAUUACAAGUCUUGUACUCAGUGACUUUUGUCAUGGCAUUUUGUUCUACUUAUACUGUAAAUUAUGCAUUAUAAAGAGUUCAUUUAAGGAAAAUUACUUGGUACAAUAAUUAUUGUAAUUAAGAGAUGUAGCCUUUAUUAAAAUUUUAUAU